AUGGACUGCUUAAUCUUGCCCGUGUCAAUACUCCGAAAGCGUUACACUUCACGCUCCCGGCUAGGCUACCGGUCACUAAACAAAGACGGAUUUAAUGAUGGCGACCGGCCGGUGACUGUGGUGGUUGGUAAAGAAAAAAGAGAGUUUUUGGUGGAUCCAUUCGUAUUGGACGAAAGUCCAUUUCGAGUUCUGAUCGAAACGGUGAGAAAUGAGAAGAUGAUUGAUUUUGAUGAUAUGAAGAAGAAGAGGAUUAUAUAUGUGGAUGUGGAUGCAAUUUUGUUCGAGCAUAUGUUGUGGCUUAUGUAUAAUGAUUGUUCAUAUUUGUUUCAGCUUAAUAUUGAGGAGAUAAUUGAUUUUUAUGCACAUGAUUAUUAG